CGCCCCAGGGUCUGCCUCCCCCGCGGCUCGGGCGGCCCCUCCUCCCGGCCGGGCUGGCCGCGGGGCGCUGAGCGGGCCGGGACCCCGCGGCCGAGGCUGUCGUUGGGCAUCUCCCCGGCGGCCGGGCCCGCAGCAAGAUGGCGGACGAGAAGGACAGGGAAGAGAUAGCAGUAGCAGAAUUUCACAAAAAAAUCAAAGAGGCAUUUGAAGUGUUUGACCAUGAGUCGAAUAAUACAGUGGAUGUGAGAGAGAUUGGAACGAUUAUCAGGUCUUUGGGAUGCUGCCCUAGCGAAGGAGAGCUGCAUGAUCUGAUUGCAGAGAUAGAGGAAGAAGAACCCACUGGAUACAUUCGAUUUGAAAAAUUUCUUCCAGUGAUGACAGAAAUACUACUAGAAAGAAGAUACAGACCAAUUCCAGAAGAUGUCCUCCUUCGAGCUUUUGAGGUUUUAGAUACAGCUAAACAUGGGUUUCUUACUAAGGACGAACUGAUCAAGUAUAUGACUGAAGAAGGUGAGCCUUUUUCUCAAGAGGAAAUGGAAGAAAUGUUGUCUGCUGCAAUUGAUCCAGAAUCAAAUUCAAUUAACUACAAGGACUAUAUAUCAAUGAUGGUGAUAGAUGAAAACUAAAUGUUCUAAAGAUAAUUUCUAAGUAAAAGGACAAUUGUAGAA